AGCGCUGGCGGCGGCGGGGGCGUCCCCACUCUGGGUGGCUCUGGGGGCGGAGGCCGGGCCAAGGGGCUGAAGGACGUUCGUAUAGAUGAGGAGGUGAAGAUCGCAGUUAGUAUCGCUCUGGAGCGCUUCCGAUAUGGGGAUGAGAGAGAAAUGGAAUUUCCUUCUUCAUUUACCAGUACUGAAAGAGCCUUUAUUCAUCGAUUGAGUCAGUCUCUUGGUUUGGUCUCUAAAAGUAAAGGAUUCCUCAGUUCCUUUUAGAUGAUUGCUUUGAAAAUGGUAUACCCUGCCGUAUAUUUUGUACUCAACCAAGACGAUUAGCAGCUAUUGCUGUGGCCGAAAGAGUUGCUGCAGAGAGGAAAGAAAAGAUUGGGCAAAC